AUGCAGGCCAUCUUCACCAUCUUCACCUCUGCCAUCAUGGCCAGCACCAUGGUCAGCGCCCUGCCGGCCUUCAACUCCACCGGCUCGUGCAACAACAAGAGCACGCUCUCCUGCUGCAACACCAACGAGGGCACCUUUGGCUCGACCGACCUCCUCAGCGGCGUCCUCGAUGGCAUCCUCGGCGGCUCCUGCGACCAGGUCAACUUGAUUGGGCAACUCAGCGACAGCUGCCCCGGAACCCAGACCUUCUGCUGCCCUAUUGACCAGGAUGGCCUCAUCAAUAUCAGCGCCACAUGCCUGCCUGUCACGCUUUAA